CCAGACGCUUGAAUGGGCUUGGGUGACCAUGUUGAGCACCUGAACUUAUGCUGUGAUAUUGUUCUAAGUGAGCACUGGGAGAGGAAAUAUUGGAAAGGUAAAGAUGCAUGGGUAGAGGAGAUGAGACACUGAAGAGAAGAGGAUAAGUAAAUGAGGAUAGAAGGGGAGAGUGGCUCCCCUUUGCUGAGAAGUGAUCCACAGCACUACUCUCCAUUCUUUUCACAAACAAAUACGCAGAGCACAUGUGAUUGGAACCGACAUCAGCAGAACCUUGAUAAGAAAAGAUCUGAAAGUAAGAUCCUACUUCUUAACAGGAUAACACUUGCUAAGAGAAUGCCUUCUGUCAAUGAUACCCAGUUCCAUCCCCUCUUCUUUCUCCUACUGGGAAUACCAGGACUAGAAACUAUAUAUAUAUGGAUUGCUUUCCCAUUCUGUAUUGUGUACCUGGUUGCCCUUGUGGGAAACAUCACCAUUCUCUUUGUGAUCAAGACUGAACACAGUCUUCAUCAACCUAUGUUCUAUUUCUUGGUCAUUUUGUCUGUGAUUGACCUGGGUCUCUCCACAUCCACAAUCCCCAAAAUGUUGGGCAUCUUCUGGUUCAACCUCCAAGAAAUCAGCUUUGGAAGCUGCCUAGCUCAGAUGUUCUUUAUCCACAUGUUUACAGGCAUGGAGACUGUUCUGUUGGUGGCCAUGGCUUAUGACCGUUUUGUUGCCAUCUGCAACCCUCUCCAGUACACAGUGAUCCUCACCAAUAAAACCAUCAGCGUCCUACUCUCUGUUGUUGUUGGGAGAAAUUUACUUCUUGUGACUCCAUUUGUGUUUCUCAUUCUGAGGUUGCCCUUCUGUGGACAUUACAUCAUCCCUCACACAUACUGUGAGCACAUGGGUCUUGCCAGGUUGGCCUGUGCCCCCAUCAAGGUCAACAUUAUCUAUGGGCUUAUGGUUAUUUCUAAUAUUAUUGUAGAUGUGAUCCUGAUUGCAUCUUCUUAUGUGCUUAUCCUUCAAGCUGUUUUCCGCCUUCCCUCUCAGGAAGCCCGGCUAAAGGCUCUCAAUACCUGUGGUUCACAUGUCUGUGUCAUGCUGUGCUUUUACACACCAGCAUUUUUUUCUUUUAUGACACACCGCUUUGGUCAGAACAUUCCCCAUCAUGUCCACAUUCUUUUGGCUAAUGUGUAUGUGGUUGUUCCACCUGCCCUUAACCCUGUCAUCUAUGGAGUCAGGACCAAGCAGAUCCGAGAGCGGGUUAUAAAAAUAUUUGUAAAGAAAUAAUAAUUCAGUGUUAAGACUGAGAAAAUUUAUUCACAAACUACUCAUAUUUAAUGGGAGCUCUCUUAAAUUUUCUAUUAUAUUGGAUAGUACUGGCCAGAUUUUGCAUUUAUAUUGAAAGUGGUUAGUGUUGACCAAUAAAGCAAAGUUAUCUUUGCUGCCCAGCCUGCUCACCCACCCCCAUGAAACUGGACAAAUGGAAAAGACUAAUAGAAAAGAAAGAUAUUCUACAGGCAGCAGUGUUUGGGGAAUAGAAUAACUGGUGGGAAAGGGUAUAAACUCCCCCCAUUUCUCCAUAUGUCUUCUCUUUAGGCCAGUUUUGACCCUGAUGGAAAACUGACCUAAUAAAUAAAUGGAAUUUGGAAAUGCUAGAGGCAAGAUGAUCUAUAUUGUUCUGAAAAUUGACAGCACUGAGAGUAGUAACAGUGCAAGUACCUUCUAUUGUAGCAGAAGAAUUGAAAUGUCCAGAAAUGGCCUAUUUUGACAAUAAAAAAGCAUAAAUAGAUACUUCAUGAAACUAAACAGAAAAGAAGAAAAUGCUAAACACUAGAAAGAAUCUUUAUGUGUAGUGAUUAAAUAAGUCAAAUAUAUAGUUAAUUGUGUUCUACCCAUUAUCCUAAGUCUUCCUUAAUAAAUUAUUAUACAUCACAUAGGUCCAUAAAUUUUGAAAUACAUUUUUUAGUGAAAUAGUCAAUGAUCCCACAAAAAUACUUGUCCCAGGCACAAUACACAGUGGUAGGGCUGGUCCUGCAAAUGUUUUUACAUUUGGUUUCUGAAUACCCAAUUUCUAACUUCCUAUUUGUGUCUUGUGGCAUGAGUCAAAGUAAUGUUUUCCUGAAUCUGAAGCAUGGCCACAAAGUUCUAGAAAUAAUCUGUAUGCAAUUUGAGUACUGAUUUAUGUAUAAAGCUGUGUGUAUGUGUAACACAAACAUGCUAAAUAUUGUGGUAAAUAGGGCAUGAAUUUACUGUGUAUGAGAAUAUUAAAUGCAUUUACAUACAUGCUUAAUAGCAAAUAUAUAUAGGAAGAAAA